UUUUUUUAAUUUACCACGCAACGUGGUGCAGCGUGCCACGAGUUGCCUGCCGUGCAGGGGGAUCAUGUCCCUGUCCAACCCCUUAUCCCAUGGGUUGUUGAAGGAUCUUGGCAAACUCUCGGAGUUGAAACAACGAGGACUGAUUCUUGACCGUCACUUCGAGACGAUAAAGGCACAUGUGAAGGCGGGCAACUCCGUUGCGAAGGAGCGAUGGGACGCAAUCGAGAACGCAUGGGGGCUGAAGCAGACGGGUGUCUUCAACGAAGAAGAGUGGAUCACGCAGAUUGAUGGAGAGGCCCAGGGUAUUACCAGCAGCACCCGUCCGUCGUGUGUAACGCCACAAGAUGCGGGCGGCGCGCGAGGUGCACCGUCUUCGCACCCACCGCCUGCUACUGCUGCGGCUGCCGGGAAGAGAAAGGUCGCAGAUCGGGGGAAGCAAGCCAGGGAUCGAGCUGGCCAAGGUGUUCUAGGUGGCAACAUCAUCAACGCGUUCGUUCGUGGCAGCGGAAAACCGAUUGAGCGGACUCGCGGUGGUGUCACAGAGCAUGUGUCCGGUAUCAACCUCCCACCUCCGGCCCCGGAGCGGCCCAUACCGUGCCCUCACUGUCCCAUGACCUUCGUGAACGAGCAAGGACCUGGGAUCCACGUGAAAACACAGCACAGCAAUGCAAACAUGUCCAACGGCUUGUGGCUGCAGCGGAUGCUAGGAAAGACUCCCAAAAGGUCGAUGGUGCGACGGGGGCGGCUUCGUUCGUCCUCCAACGGAAGCUUCCGCGAUCUCGACUUGGAAAGCGACGGCUUUACGGACCGCAAAGUCAAGGAGACUCGUGGAGCUGUGAAGCGCAAGCGAUACGAUUUCAGGUUCAAAGCCCAUGUUGUGACCCAGCUGCGCCUCCUCCAGGAAGACGCCGCAGACCUCUUCAAGGAGGAGCAGCUCACGCCUCUCCAGUACUUAGAGGA